AUGGCGGCGCCCUUCGUAGUCCCCGCGCUGAAAAAGCACACCGCCACCGUCAUUAUGGCCCACGGUCUGGGCGAUACCGGUGCAGGAUGGAUGAUGCUGGCCAGCAACUGGCGCCGACGGGGCCUGUUCGAGGAAGUCUCGUUCAUCUUCCCCAACGCGCCCUCCAUCCCCAUCACCGUCAACUUUGGUAUGAGCAUGCCUGGCUGGUAUGACAUCGCCACGCUCUCCGUCACCGCCUCACAGGAAGAAUUCCUCCGCCAGCAGGAUGAGCCUGGCAUUUUAAAGUCGCGCGACUACUUCAACUCGCUCAUCCAGGCCGAGCUCGACAAGGGCAUCAAGCCGGGCCGCAUCGUGCUCGGCGGCUUUUCCCAGGGCGGCGCCAUGGCCUUGAUCACCGGUCUCACCUCCAAGGAAAAGCUUGCCGGCAUCUUCGCGCUGUCGUGCUACCUGCCCUUGUCGCACAAGUUUAAGGAGUUGGUCCCGGACGGCUUUCCGAAUCUGAAGACCCCCGUGUUCAUGGCCCAUGGCGACGCCGAUGCCGUCGUCAAGUUUGAAUUCGGCCAGAAUUCCGCCAAGCAUCUUGAAGACAUGGGUGUUGAUGUGAAAUUUCGUGAAUACUCUGGGAUGGGCCACACCAGCGAUCCGCUGGAGAUCCAAGACCUAGAGAACUAUCUCGCGGACGUCCUCCCCGCAGAGGAGAAAGUGUCGUCGUCCGGGUUGUGA